AGGUAAUGCUCAAAAACAGCAACAAGGUCAAGGUGCUAAUGCUCAGCAACAACAACAAGGUGGUCAGAACGAUAACAAUCAACAACAACAGGACCAAGGUGCCAAUCGCCAGCAAAAUCAACAAGAACAAGCUGGUCAAGCCGGUUGUGCACAACAAUAUCAGCAAGCGGGUCAGGCAACAGGUGGACAACAGCAAAAAUACCCCCACAUCAUACACUAA